AAAAUGGAUAAAAAGAGACGAUAUUCAUCAUCAAGUUCUGAUAGCGCUGAAGAUGACCGAAUUCAAGAUCUCAGAGAACGGGAUGAAUUCGCAAAAAGAUUAAAGAAACGAGACGAAGAAAAAAUAAGAAAAAUAACAGAGGGGAAAAAAUCAUACGAAGAGGCUGCAAAAAAGUUAAAAAUUGAAGCAGAAGACCGCGACAAGUUACUACCGAAACUUCGUGUACAGUCUCGUCGCAAAUAUUUAGAGAAAAGAAAAGACGACAAAGUUGUAGAAUUAGAAGCUGAUAUUGCCGACGACGAGUAUCUGUUUGAUGAGAGAAUCCUAACAAAAAGAGAAAAAGAAGAAAGGGAACACAAGAAAACUUUAUUACAAUUAGCUAAAGAACAUGAAAAAGCAAGAGAGUUAGAAAAUGUUCAAAGAUAUCAUAUGCCUCGGGACUUGGGGAAAGGGGAAAAAGGUGAAUAUGUUGAAGUUGAUGAAAAUGAGAGGUUGCCACAUUCUGAACAGCAAAAAUGGGAACAAGAACAAAUUAAAUCUGCUUUCUUUAAAUUUGGUGCAAAAGAUGCUAAAGCUACAAAUGAAUAUGAUUUAUUACUGGAUGAACAAAUUGAUUUCAUACAGGCUCUUAAAAUGGAAGGUUCUGAAGACAAAAAGGAAAAGUCAGAAAUAUCAGAAUAUCAAAAAAUUCGAAUGACCAUUGAAGAAACAAAAAAAUCACUUCCAAUAUAUGCGUUUAAACAAUCACUUAUUGAAGCCAUACAAAAUUAUCAAAUUCUAAUUGUAGAAGGUGAGACAGGAUCUGGCAAAACAACACAAAUACCUCAAUAUCUCCAUGAAGCUGGUUUCACUAAAGAUGGGAAAAAAAUUGGGUGUACACAACCUAGGAGAGUAGCUGCUAUGUCAGUUGCUGCAAGAGUUGCACAAGAAAUGAACGUAAAACUGGGAAAUGAAGUUGGUUAUAGUAUAAGAUUUGAAGAUUGCACAUCUGAUAGAACAGUAAUAAAGUACAUGACAGAUGGAACUCUUCAUAGAGAGUUUCUAUCAGAACCUGAUCUAGCCUCAUACAGUGUAAUGAUCAUUGAUGAAGCUCAUGAACGUACCUUACAUACAGAUAUAUUAUUUGGUCUUGUAAAAGAUAUAACCAGAUUUAGACCUGAUUUAAAAUUGCUUAUAUCCAGCGCAACAUUGGAUGCUGAGAAAUUUUCAACAUUCUUUGAAGAUGCCCCAAUUUUUAGAAUCCCGGGAAGGAGAUUUCCUGUGGACAUCUAUUACACAAAGGCACCCGAAGCAGAUUAUGUAGAUGCUUGUGUUGUAUCAGUAUUACAGAUUCAUGCCACACAACCUCUUGGUGAUAUAUUGGUUUUUUUAACAGGACAAGAAGAGAUUGAAACAUGUGUUGAAAUGUUACAAGAAAGGACGAAGCGUAUAGGCAAAAAACUGCGCGAGCUUUUAAUAUUACCAGUAUAUGCCAAUUUGCCUAGUGACAUGCAAGCUAAAAUCUUUGAACAAACUCCUGAAGGAGCUAGAAAAGUCGUUCUUGCUACAAAUAUAGCUGAAACUUCAUUGACAAUUGAUAAUAUUAUAUACGUAAUAGACCCAGGUUUUGCCAAACAAAACAACUUCAAUUCCAAGACUGGCAUGGAAAGUUUAAUUGUUGUUCCCAUUUCUAAAGCAUCAGCAAAUCAACGAGCUGGACGAGCCGGAAGGGUUGCUCCUGGAAAAUGUUUUAGAUUGUACACAGCCUGGGCAUAUAAAUAUGAAUUAGAAGAUAAUACUGUACCAGAAAUUCAGAGAAUAAAUUUAGGAAAUGCAGUUCUCACUUUAAAAGCUUUAGGCAUCAAUGAUCUAAUACAUUUUGAUUUUUUGGAUCCACCACCGCAUGAAACAUUAGUUUUGGCUUUAGAACAACUUUACGCUCUGGGUGCACUUAAUCAUCAUGGAGAGUUAACAAAAGCAGGCAGAAGGAUGGCUGAAUUUCCUACCGACCCCAUGCUCGCGAAAAUGUUGUUAGCUAGUGAAAAAUAUAAAUGUUCUGAAGAGGUUGUCACAAUUGCGGCAAUGCUAUCAGUAAAUAGUUCCGUCUUCUACCGGCCUAAAGAUAAAAUAAUCCAUGCAGAUACAGCAAGAAAAAAUUUCUUUCAUCACAAAGGAGAUCAUCUGACAAUUAUGAACUUAUACAAUCAGUGGGUUGCUUCAGAUUAUUCGGUGCAGUGGUGCUAUGAAAACUUCGUGCAGUAUAGAUCGAUGAAACGAGCUCGAGAUGUUCGUGAACAAUUAGUCAGCCUGAUGGAAAGGGUAGAAAUUGAAAUGGUUACAAGUUUAUCUGAUGAUACUAAUAUAAGAAAGGCCAUAACGUCUGGUUAUUUCUAUCAUAUAGCAAAAUUUUCAAAAGGUGGUCAUUAUAAAACUGUAAAACAUAAUCAGACAGUUAUGAUACAUCCUAAUAGUGCUCUAUUUGAAGACCUUCCACGAUGGGUGAUUUACCAUGAGCUUGUAUUUACAUCUAAAGAAUUUAUGAGACAAGUCACCGAAAUUGAGAGCAAAUGGCUACUGGAGGUAGCGCCUCAUUAUUACAAAUCAAAGGAAUUAGAAGAUUCAACAAAUAAGAAAAUGCCCAAAACAUUGGGGAAAUCUGCAAAAAAUUAGUAAAAAUUUGAUUACAGUAGAUUCAAUAAAAGUUUCCACUUUCUCCGUUUAUUGUUGAUCCUGUUCUUCGGUUUUCAUAACACGACAUUCCACUUUUUUUACACUUCCUUGUGAUUUAAAUGUAGAACCAAUGUUGGUAAUUCUUUAUGAUAAAAUCAUCUAUAAUUUGUUAAAAUUUAAAAUGAUGUCGCAGAUAUUUCAAGACACGUUUGUUUUAUUGGCAAAUGUGCUCACGGUUCAUCUAUACCGAAGUCUAGACAAAACACAUCAUGAACGCCGGCACCUCCCUGGAAACUUUGUCUAUUUCUCAAUUUUAGUCAUUACGAAAAUCAUAAAUAUUUGCGGGUUUGAUUUUUACGGUGUUACCUAUUUCUUUUAUCGUGGACAUGAGAUUAGUAAGUCAGUAGAAAAAUUGUUACCUGCGGAUUUUUAACACCGGCAGUCGCAUCGCUCAAUAAGAGUUCAUAGUUUUAUCGAUUAAUAUUUUAUCGAUUUUUGCACCUUGCUGAAAGGACAUGUUGCGCCCCUCAAGAAACAGGCAUGAAGAGUUUUUGCCAGAGCCAAAUAUGGUACGCGGCAAAUAAUACUCUGGAAAUGUACCGUGUAGUAGAUGAACGCAACGUUAGAUACCGAAUAGUAAUGAGGGAUUAAAGGUAACGGAAUGAUCUCAAACAAUUUCUUAAAGCACUCUCAUGGAAUAAAACCCCACAAAACAGCGAGAAGGAACUAAAAUCCUUUGAGAUGAACUUGUCCUGGGGUUGGUUUUUCAAAGAAAAUUUAAGGAAGUCAGCAGAUUGACUGUAGCCACUGAUGACCAAUUACCAUCAG